AUGGCGGAGACCGAGACGUUUGCUUUCCAGGCUGAGAUCAACCAGCUUCUCAGUCUCAUCAUCAACACCUUCUACUCCAACAAGGAGAUUUUCCUUCGUGAACUUAUCAGCAACGCCUCUGAUGCUCUGGACAAGAUUAGAUUUGAGAGUCUGACGGACAAGAGCAAGCUGGAUGCCCAACCAGAGUUGUUUAUUCAUAUUAUUCCUGACAAGACUAACAACACAUUGUCCAUCGUUGACAGUGGUAUUGGCAUGACCAAGGCUGAUUUGGUGAACAACUUGGGUACUAUUGCAAGAUCUGGUACCAAGGAAUUUAUGGAAGCCUUGGCUGCUGGUGCUGAUGUCAGCAUGAUUGGACAAUUUGGUGUUGGUUUCUACUCUGCAUAUCUUGUUGCCGAGAAAGUUAUUGUCACCACCAAGCACAAUGAUGAUGAGCAAUAUGUUUGGGAGUCACAGGCUGGAGGAUCAUUCACUGUCACUAGGGAUACCUCUGGUGAGAUUCUUGGCAGGGGUACCAAGAUUACUCUCUUCCUCAAGGAAGAUCAGCUUGAGUACCUUGAGGAGCGCCGAUUGAAGGACCUGAUCAAGAAGCAUUCUGAGUUCAUCAGCUACCCAAUUUCUCUUUGGGUUGAGAAGACCACAGAGAAGGAGAUCUCUGAUGACGAGGAUGAGGAAGAGAAGAAGGAUGAGGAGGGUAAGGUUGAAGAGGUAGAUGAGGAGAAGGAGAAAGAGGAAAAAAAGAAAAAGAAGAUUAAGGAGGUGUCACAUGAAUGGUCAUUGGUGAACAAACAGAAGCCCAUUUGGAUGAGGAAGCCAGAAGAGAUUACAAAAGAGGAAUAUGCAGCUUUCUAUAAGAGUCUUACCAAUGACUGGGAAGAACAUUUGGCUGUAAAGCACUUCUCUGUCGAGGGUCAAUUGGAGUUCAAGGCUAUCCUCUUUGUUCCCAAGAGGGCACCUUUCGAUCUCUUUGACACAAGGAAGAAGCCAAACAACAUCAAGCUCUAUGUUCGCCGUGUCUUCAUCAUGGAUAACUGUGAGGAGUUGAUUCCUGAGUACUUAGGAUUUGUCAAGGGUAUUGUGGAUUCUGAGGAUCUUCCACUCAACAUUUCCAGAGAAAUGUUACAGCAGAACAAGAUCUUGAAGGUCAUCCGUAAGAACUUGGUCAAGAAAUGCAUUGAGCUCUUCUUUGAAAUUGCUGAGAACAGGGAGGACUACAACAAGUUCUACGAGGCCUUCUCUAAGAACUUGAAACUUGGGAUCCAUGAGGAUUCUCAGAACAAGGGAAAGAUUGCUGAAUUGCUCCGGUACCACUCUACCAAGAGUGGUGAUGAGUUGACCAGCUUGAAGGACUAUGUGACCAGGAUGAAGGAAGGACAGAGCGACAUCUACUACAUCACCGGUGAAAGCAAGAAAGCCGUUGAGAACUCUCCCUUUUUGGAGAAGUUGAAGAAGAAGGGUUAUGAGGUUCUUUUCAUGGUUGAUGCCAUUGAUGAAUAUGCAGUUGGUCAGCUCAAGGAAUUCGAGGGCAAGAAGUUGGUUUCUGCCACCAAGGAAGGUCUGAAACUUGAUGAGAGUGAAGACGAGAAGAAGAAAAAGGAGGAGUUGAAGGAGAAGUUUGAUAACCUGUGCAAGGUGAUCAAGGAUGUUUUGGGUGACAAGGUUGAGAAGGUUAUUGUUUCUGACCGUGUUGUUGAUUCACCAUGCUGUCUUGUGACCGGUGAAUAUGGCUGGACUGCAAACAUGGAGAGGAUCAUGAAAGCUCAGGCACUGAGAGAUAACAGCAUGGCUGGGUACAUGUCCAGCAAGAAAACCAUGGAAAUCAACCCCGAGAAUCCCAUCAUGGAGGAACUGAGGAAGCGUGCUGAUGCUGACAAAAACGACAAAUCCGUGAAGGACCUUGUUCUUCUGCUGUUUGAGACUGCUCUUCUCACUUCUGGGUUCAGCCUUGAUGACCCCAACACUUUUGGAAACAGGAUCCACAGAAUGUUGAAGCUUGGACUGAGCAUUGAUGAGGAUGCAGGUGAUGCUGAUGCCGACAUGCCCCCACUGGAGGAGGCCGAUGUUGAUGCCGAGGGAAGCAAGAUGGAAGAGGUCGACUAA